AUGACCCAGCGCCGCUUUGCCUCGGCAGAAACAUCUACCUCAGCGGAAGCAGACAAAAUAACCCUCGCCGGCGCGCCAGACAUUACCAACCACUACACAAUCUUUCCGAAGACACUACCAGCAGGCCCACCACCAGGCUCGGCAUUCGCAAUCUCAACCAGCGAUCUCCGCCGCGAAUUCCUUCAAUUACAAGGUCUCGUCCACCCAGACAAGUACCCCAACGGAGCGGAGAAGCAGCUCGCCGAGGGCCUCUCGGCCCGGAUCAACGAAGCGUACCGGACACUCCUAGACCCGCUCCAGCGGGCACAGUAUAUUCUACGGGAAUGGCACGGGAUCGAUGUGACUGCCGAAGACGCGUCGACUAAGCAUGCGCUUGACGCAGAGACCCUGAUGGAAGUUAUGGAGGUGCAGGAGACUAUUGAGGAGGUUGGGGCUUCUGCUGAUGCGGAGGCACAAAUCAAUGCGCUCAAGAAGGAGAAUGAGGAGAGGGUUGUUGGAUGUGUGGGGAGACUUGAGGAGGCGUUUGAGAAGGGGGACUUGGAGGCUGCGAGGAAGGAGUGUAUUCGAUUGCGGUUUUGGUAUAGUGUUGGUGAAGGGUUGAGGGAGUGGGAGCCUGGGAAUACGGAGAUUCGGUUAAUGCAUUCUAGUUGA